AGGUCUGUCAAUUAGUGAUAAUGGACCCAGCGGCCGAGCGAAGGCCACUCCCUCCCUCCUCCUCAUACACACACUAACACACACACCGACACACACUCGUCUUUCCUUCCUCCUCUCAGUCGCUGAUAAUGGAGCCCAGCAGCCCCAAGAAGAUCCAGUUUGCGGUUCCUCCGCUGCAGGGCCAGCUGGACCCGCAGGCCGCCGAGCAUAUCCGCCGUAGACGACCGACUCCUGCCACCCUGCAGAUCUACAGACAACCUGGUUCAGAUCAACACAACGCCUCCGGAGACGCUCAGGCCUCAGACUCUCAGAGGAAGCAGAGCACCUUCGCCCCUCCGACAACAAAAGAGCUGCAGCUGGGGGUGGAGCAACACCUGCUGGGGGCGGGGCUUCCAGAGACAGACAGCCAGCUCAGUCCAGUCACAGCGCAGCUCUAUGCCACCGCCUCCCUGUGGGCCAAUCACAACGGGCCAGAGGAGGCCAAUGGGAACGAGGCGUGUCUGCUGUUAGCCAAUCAGGAGAGAGGAGUGGCAGAGAGCGAAAGUUCAGGCGGUAACACUGGUUUAGAUGGAAAUUUAUUCAAACACAAAAAUAAAAAUGAAACUUACUGUCACUGCAAAAAAGUAAAAAGUAAAUAAAAACAGAAAACUUACAAAAACAUAAACAUCAAGAAAUAAUUGAAAACAACAAUUAAAAUGUUUGACAAAUAAAUCUAAAUAUAAAGUUGUUCUUCUAUCUGAGAUCAUCAGGGUGCCUUUCAUCGUAAACUUUGGAUAGUUAGAAAACUACUACUACUAAUAAUAAUAAUGAAAAUAAUAAUAGCUUAAUUUGUAUAGCACCAUGGACAACAACAGCAAGAAGGGAACUCAGCAAAUACUUUUGAACAUUGUAAUAGAUUUUCAAAAUAAAGCAAUACAAUAACACCACAUAAAAUAAUAAAUGAAAGAAACCAAAAAAUGCCCAUGUCGAAGUAAAGAAGAAGAAAAAUAUAUCAACAACAGUAGAAAUAAAUAAAUAAAAUGAAUAAGUAAGUAAAUAAAUACAAUAAAAUAAACAAAAAAUAUAAAUUAACUAAUAAAUUAAUAAAGGGUAAAAGGGAAUAAAACACACAAAGAAAAGAAAAUAGUGUCGUGAAAUUGUAGCUUGACAAAUUUCCAAGAUAAAUAAAAAUAAAAACUGCCCAACAUCAGACAAAAUUUUUCAGAGAUCUUGUUGUUUAAACAGCCUCAAAUAUAAACAUGUAAAAAAAACUUAAUGAGGAUGUGUCAAUGAGUGAGUUUUUGAAAAUAAAUAUCCAAAAAAAUAUUCAAUAAAUUAAGGUAAAAUAAUACAAAUAUCACUAAAUAUCCAUGUUAUAUGUAUAUUAUAUAUAUCUAUAUUGCUGUAAAUAAUUCUGGUAUAUUAGAGCUGGUUGAGCAGAAAAUGUUCAGUUUAAGAAAAUUUGAUGAUUUGAGACUGAAAAUCCAAACAAAAACUGCUUUUCUCAUCAAAAUUCAUUAGAAUGUAAACAGACUAUUUCAUUUCUUGAAGAUGACAAUUUCCAUUAAAUAACAUUUGAAUGAAUCAACAUAAAGGCAGAAAUCACUGGUUUGCUUGUUCUUUCCCUUAAAUGUGAAUUAAAAUGCUUUUUUCUCAACAUUAAAUUAAUUUUAAUGUUGAAGGACAUUAAAAAUGUUAACAUUUAAAUGUUAAAAAGUGUCGCUUAAAGUCACAAAAUCAAAGCUGAAUUUAAAUUCUGCAGUUUUACAGCUUUAUUUUUUAGCCUCUUUUAACUGUUUGUUGAGUUUUUGCUGCUUUUGUCAGCCACAGCAGGCAGCAGUUUAGUCGAUAAACAACAAAAUGAGAGAAAAGCUCAUAAGAAAACAUCUCAGAGUUACAAAUAUUUUAAUCAGGAGAUGGAAACAGACCAAACAGCGAGUGUUUAUAAUACUAAAAUGGAAUGAAAGUUGCUAAACUGAUGCUAAUGUUGGUCAUUUUUUAUGAAUAAUUCAACACUAAUCACAAAAUUAAUCUGGUGUUUAUUCUGUUCACUAAUGCAGCUUUAAAGAUGUGAAAAAUAUGAUUUAAAAAACUUUUAAAAUCAUGUAAAAUUAACAGUUACACACACACUCAUUCUUCACAUUUCCAUAUUAACAUCUAUAUCGUGCAGAUUUCUUGAUAAACUAACAGAAUUAACAACUAACUCUGUUUCUCUUAUUUUUCUUUUCUUGCAUGAUUUUUCUAUUUUCUCCUCCGACUUCUUUCCUCCUCAGAUUUGUCAUGUGACCACAAAAAGGAGGCGUCCAGUCCAGACUCCGUCUCUCGAUAGCCACCAUCCAUCUCCCCUCCUCCAUCUUUAAUAACCAACUCUUCCUCUUCCUCCUCGUCUUCCUCACUGCUCUCCAUCUGAUCCUUUAACUCGCUGCUUCACUGCUGCACUCAAACUCUGGAUGAUUUCAUUUUAACAGACCUGCACACAUAAAGAGUUCAGUUCAAAACCUGUGGCUGUGAAUAAAGAUGUGUUAUAUUCAAACAUUUACACAACGUCUGAGUCCUGUUUGUCCUUUAAUAAUCGUAUUUCUGGACAGUUUUCAGGGAAUUUUGAGGCUAAAACAUGAAAAGUUUUACUCUCAGUGGUUUCUCCAGAAAAGCUGCAAGAAAAUGCUGUUUUUCUUUUUAACCCUCCAACAAAACAACAAAAACAACAACAACAAAAAAAACAAUCAGUGAUGUUCUUAAAAGAAAAAUGUUCAAAAUUAUACCAUUUAAGAAUCCUAAUAUUUCCAACUUUUGCAGUAAUCUUUGAACUACUCAUCUGUGAUUUGCUGAUCUUCAGUAAAUCUGAGCUUAAAAUUGUGAUAUUUCAUCAAAAUCACUUUAUUCAACAUGCCUCAUUUAAAAAUUUCCCAAAAAUGCACCGUUUACUGUAAACAAAUUCUGUAAAAAAACAAAAAAUGUUGCUCUUCUCCGUGCAACUAUAAAGCCAUAAGUGACUUGGCUGGGACCAACAGUCGUGUUAUUAAAAUUCAUCAAGAUUUUAGAUGACUGAAGUUGUAAAAACUGUGGCUGUGAAUAAAGAUGUAUGUCUGAGUGGUUUCUGCCCUGUAUAAUCAUAUUUCUGGACAAUUUUGUCUAUUUUAAGCUAAAACAUGAAAUGUUUUGUAGGUUUUUAGCUAUAACACUGUUUUACUUUCAAUGGUUUCUACAUAAAAGUGAAAAUAAAAUAUUCUUUGUCUCUUUUAACCCUCCAAUAAAUAAAUAAAUAUGCCUAUCUGUGGGUUAUAAAGUUGUGUUUUUAAAGAAAUAUUUCCUAAAACGGCACCAUUCAUCAUUUAUGAACUCUAGUAUUUCCAACUUUUGCAGUGAUCUUUGAACUAAUCAUCCGUGAUUUGCAGUUCUUUUAGUAAAUCUGAGCAUAAAUUUGUGAUAUUUCAUCAAAAUCGCUUUAUUAUACAUGCGUCAUUUAAAAAUUUCCCAAAAAUGCACUGUUUGCUCUAAACAAAUUCUGUAAAAAAUUAAAAAUUUUGCUGUUUUCUGUGCAACUAGAAAGCCAUCAGUGACUCAGCUGUGACCAACAGUCAUGUUAUUAAAAUUCAGGAUCAGCACACAACAAGAUUUUAGUUGAAUAACGUUAAAAAAAAACUCUGGCAGGGAAUAAAGAUGUGUUAUAUUCAAACACUGAAAGAACGUCUGAGUCAUGUUUGCCCUUUAAUAAUCGUAUUUAUGGACAGUUUUCUCUAUUUUAGGCUAAAUUAUUCAAAAUUUUCUAGCUUUUUUGCAACAGCUCAGUUUUCCUCUCCAUAAAAGCUAAAAUAAACGGUCUUCAUUUUAUUUUUUAACACUCAAAACCACAAAAACCCCAUUAGCAAGGUUAGAAAGUCAGGUUUUAAAAGAAAAAUGCCCAAAAUUACACCAUUUAUCAUUUAAGAAUCCUAAUAUUUCCAACCUUUGCAAUAAUCCUUGAACUACUCAUCUAUGACUCACUGCUCCAUGUGAAAAUCUGAGCUUAAAAAAAAUUACUUUAUUCUACAUGUUUCACUGAAAAAUGUACCAUCUGCUCUAAUCACAUUCUGUAACAAAUGAAAAACUUUGCUCUCAUCCGUUCAACAAAAAACCCUUUAGUGACUCAGCUGUGACCAACGCUGAGCACUUCAUGAGACAGAAGACAAAAACUCAGUUAAAGUUAUUUAUUCUGCAACAAGUAGCAGAUAUAGAGGAGCAUCACUGUUCAAAGGACUGAAGCUAACAAAGGUGUUCAUCUGAAGGCGUCUUCCCAGUGAUGGAUGAAUUCACAGAGUACUGAGUGGAUUCAUGAAAAUGUACAACAAUCUGAUUGGUCAGAAACUGUUGGAGAGGAACUGCUCUGAUCUCAGCCCUCUCAUCGUUGGUGGACCAGGCUUGUCCUUCAGCUUCUGGGCUCAUGAUCCUCCAAUCAGAUGGUUCAGAUCCUGCAGGAGGGUCCCUCUCCUGAUUAUCACAGUUUCUGGUGACGCUCCGUCUCCAGCUCAGUCAUGACUGUUUGUCAGUUCUUAACACAGCAGCUUUUUUUCUCACUUGAUGUUCUGUUUCUCUGGAGUGGCCUUCAGCACUUGAAUGUGUGUGUGUGUGUGUGUGUGUGUGUGUGUGUGUGUGUGUGUGUGUGUGUGUGUGUGUGUGUGUGUGUGUGUGUGUGUGUGUGUGUGUGUGUGUGUGUGUGUGCCUUUAGUGCAAGUGGAUGUGCUUUGUCCUCUGUUUGACCCGUUGUUAAUCUUGUUGGUUGGAACGGCUGCUGUAGAUCCUCCCCUUCAUUCACAGAUCAACACACUCCUCUAUUUAGCACACAAUGCAUUGUGUGUUUCACUACUAAGCCAGCAGCAUGUUUAACCCUCCUGUUGUCCUCAUUUAUGGGCACCAAAAAAUGUUGUUUCUUUGUCGGAAGAAAGUCCAAAAAUUCAGCAAAAGAUUUCCUCAAAUUUCUGAAAAUUUGCAAAACCUUCAGGCAGAAAAUUCCAAA